GAGAUAGAAACUGAGGGAGAGAAAAAGUGAAGAGAGGAGCCAGCAGGCUCGCAAAAAGUAGAGGGAGAGGAUGAGGGUCGAGCAUGGAUUUCGCUACCGGGGCGAUGAGCUCUCUCCUCCCCAAGCUGGGGGAGCUGCUCCUGGAGGAGUACAAGUUGCAGAAGGGAUUGAAGAAGGGGAUCAAGGACCUCAGGGACGAGCUCUUGAUGAUGCAAGCUGCACUUGUGAAGGUGUCCAAUGUGCCACUGGAAGAUCUUGAUCCCGUAGUCAAGAUUUGGGCCAACGAUGUGAGGGAGCUAUCAUUUGCCAUCGAGGACAGCCUCGACUCAUUCAUGGUGCGUGUCGUGGGUCUUGAGCCAACCAAGCCACACACCUUCUUGGGGUUCAUCAAGGAGACAAAGAGCAAGGUCACCAAGCUCAAGCUUCGGCGUGAGAUAGCCAACGACAUCAAAGACAUCAAGAUCCAAGUUAAAGAGGUGAAGGAGAGGUAUGAUAGAUAUAAAGAUGUUAUCAGCGAUGCUAGUGUUGCAACAAAGGUUGAUCCCCGCCUGUUAACUCUGUACAACAAAGUAUCUAACCUUGUCGGCAUUGACGAGGCUAUCGAUGAGCUAACAAAGAGGUUGUCCAGAAGCGAUGAUGAGGCCCAGCAAAAUCUCAAGACUGUUUCUGUCGUUGGAUUUGGAGGACUGGGCAAGACAACUCUUGUUAAGGCAACAUAUGACAAUCUUAAGAAUGAAUUUGAUUGUGGGGGGUUUGUUAUAGUGGGUCGGAAUCCUGACAAGAAGAAAGUCCUUAGGGACAUCCUCCAUGAACUUGACAAGCACAAGAACAUCACUGAAUCAAAAAUGGAUGAAAGACAACUCAUCGACCAGCUGCAAGAAUUCCUCAAGAACAAAAGGUACCUAAUUGUUAUAGAUGACAUUUGGGAUGUAUCAACAUGGGAAAUGAUUAAGUGUGCAUUGGUGGAUAGUAACUCCGGAAGUAGAAUAAUCACAACUACUCGUAUUCAUCAAGUUGCCGAAAAGGUCGGUGGUGUUUACAACAUAAAACCACUUUCCGAUGAUAACUUCAAAAAGCUAUUCCAUAGCAGAAUAUUUGGUGAUAAAGGCAUAAGUCUUGAUGAUUAUUCGGAUGAAUUGUCUGAUAAUUUCUUCAGAAAAUGUGGUGGUGUGCCAUUGGCCAUCAUUACAUUAUCUAGCUUGCUUGUUAGAAAACCAAGGGGUGUCUGGUGUAAGGUGUUUGAGUCUAUUGGUUUUGGCCAUGAAGACAACGAGGUUAUUCAGAACACAAGAAAAAUAUUGUCUUUUAGCUAUUAUGAUCUACCUUUCCAUCUGAAGACUUGCUUGUUGCACUUAAGUGGAUAUCCAGAAGAUUGUUUGAUUCUAAAAAAUUGGGUGAUAUGGAAGUGGGUUGCGGAAGGUUUUAUACCUAUGGAUCAAGAGGUAUGUGCAUUUGAUCUGGGUCAGAGCUAUUAUAAUGAUCUUAUCAAUAGAAGCAUGAUCCAGUCAAUAAAGCUGAACUGUAUACAAGGGAUAGAUUGUUGUCGUGUUCAUGACAUUGUGCUCGAUCUCAUUCGUACCUUGUCACGCGAAGUAAACUUCAUUACAACACAAGACAAAGUGCAUCACAACACAAGCUGCAGUGCUCGUAGGUUAGCCAUCUACGGUGGAACUGUUGAGAAUAUGGAUGUGGGAAAUGUGAGGUCAUUUAAUGCUAUCAACUUUGUUGAUAUUGUACUGCCUCCACUUCUGACCUUUAAAGUGUUACGAGUACUAGUGCUACAGAAUUGUCAUUUUCUUGUAGGAGGUUGUCACCUUGAACACCUGGGGAAGUUGGUUCAGCUAAGGUACCUAGGGCUGAUGGAAACACCUUUUACCGAGCUCCCAAGUGACAUAGGGCAUCAUCUCAAGUUCUUGCAGACACUGAAUAUUCAGGACACUGACAUAAAUGAAUUACCAUCUUCUGUUGGUGAUCUAACCAAUCUGAUGUGUCUGCGUGCUUCUGAGGGCACAAGGAUGAUGGGAAGUAUAGGGAAGCUGACGUCCCUAGAAGAGCUAGAGCUACACCAUGUGGACAAAUCCCCAGACUUCACAACGGAGUUCGGAAAGCUCACACAAUUGAGGGUGCUGGAAAUCAAUUUCGAUGAGAUGGGCGAGAGUGCGCAUAGGGCUCUGGUCAAGUCUUUGUGCAACCUGCGUAGAAUGCAGACUCUCGAGAUCAGGGUUGAGCAGGAUGAAGCAGUUCAGGCUGAUGGAUGGGAAGAGUGGGCUCCCCCUUCAGAGCUCCGAGAGUUGGCACUGCAUGACUUGGAAUUACCUAGGCGUCCAUCAUGGAUGGAUUCGUCUUGUCUUCCCCAUGUUUCCUUCAUAUGGCUCGAAGUGGGGGAGUUGGAACCACAGGAUGUGCAAAUCCUUGGAAGGAUGUCUUCGCUCCGCUUCCUCUGCCUAUCAAAUCCAAUUGCAGACACCCUAUCAUAUACUCUUUGUAGCCACGAGUUCCAGAACUUGACAUAUCUGCAGACAGACAUGGAGAUUGUGCGUGGAGAGGGAGCAUUGCUGGUGCUUGAAGAAUUGGACUGCUAUGCUAGCGUGGGAAAAGACAUUGGCUUGGCUGGAAAUAUGCCUUUUCUCAAGGAAGUCACGUACACGCUCGACUGCAGUGAUGACCUUUGUGAUGAGGAGUUGGAGGCAACAGAGGCCGCUCUGAGGCACGCUGCAGAAACGCACCCCAACCGUCCCAAACUUAAGAUAUCAAGAUCCAACGAAGAGUCUGAUGAUUCUGACGAUGAUGACGACAGUGACGAUGGAUCUGAGGAAGUGUUCUCAUCAGAUGAAGAAGAGGCUGGUGAUACGUUUGGAUGCCUUCUGGCUUCUGCAAUCUUGCUGGCAGUUGAAAGGAAGUAUUAUUGGGCUAAAUUCAUCCAUCCAGGAAAGAACUGAUUAAAAAAAAUGACCGUUAAAAAAACAAAAAAAAUGGUUAUUUGCUUUCACCAUUAGAGAAAAAAAACAGUUAUUUUCUCGUAUUGUAGCAUUAGUGGUUUGUUCCUUGAAUUAGUUCAUGGGCCAUUUAAAAAAACCAAAAAAAAUUGACAGGAAAAAACUUUAAAAUGAAAAAAAAUGUUGGUACAAUGUAUUACCUUUUCCUUUGUUACAAUUUUUUUUGAAAGGUGUUUAAGUUUAAUUUAUUUCUCCUUUUCGGGGU